AUGGAAGGUCAAGAUAUUCACCCCCCAGACGGUGACACGUCACCUCGUCCGGGAUCUCCUGUUGUACCACGAGUAGCCUUCUCAUCUCUGGAUCGACUGUUUAGUCAAUCUGGUGUGCUUGACAGCAUCGCUCGUGGCAGCCACCAAUACGGCACUUUCAGUGUCAUUGAUCGAUUUGCUGCUUUUUCAGACCCGAUUACUGUUCUCGGAAAUUUAAUGGUAACACUCAAAGAACACCACAUACCGGGACCUAGGCUUUUGAGGAUGAGAAGCGAGUUUACUCUUCCAUUGGGACAGGGCGCACAGUCAGAAGUUUUUGCAUUCAAUGAGUCAAUUUUAUCGGAAGUUGGGGUCAAACCGAAAAACCUUCCUGCUCCCAUUGAAGACCUGACAAGAGUGGCAGUAAAGCGCUCUCGUAUUACUAGGCCAAGCAGCAGACGCUUCCAGACCUCCCCUGCAGCCAUCAGCUCUGAAGAGUUUGUGUUUCAAUGCAGUGCAGCGCAUCAAGAGAUUGAUAUUCUGUGCCAGAAUUCAUUCCGCAAGCAUCCAAACAUUGUGCGCCUCUUAUCUUGGGGCCUGUGCCUGGAUACCCUCGAGGAAGACGAUGAAGAAUCCCCGAGACUCCCCUUGCUGAUAUUGGAACGAGCGCUCUCUAACUUGUCGGAGUUUCUUGCUCAUCCAGCCGUUUAUCCGCCGAAGCAUACCUUUAACGACCUUCACAGUAUAUGUCUUGACAUUGGACGCGGUCUAGACGCUAUCCAUAAGACUUCUAUUGCCCAUGGAGACCUUAAGCCGGAAAAUAUCCUCAUAUUUCAGGACUCCGGGAAGUGGGUUGCUAAGUUGUGCGAUUUUGGAUUGUCCGCAAGUGAAUCAGAAUCCUCUUCAGGCUCCAUCGAGUAUCGUGGAACCCCAGGAUGGCGCCCCCCUGAGUAUUAUCGACAAGAUCGCGACCCACUCAAUGUACGUGGAGUUCAACUAUGUGAUAUAUUUGCCUUUGGAUUAAUUGUCUGGAGUGUCUUUCGACAUUGCGGUCAGCCUCCACUUUCUCACGAAACCGAGAUGAGUGGAAAUGCCUUUGGACUAGCCACACAGCAGCUCACGAAUCUAGGAACAAUUCCUCAACACGAACACCGACGGGUUAUCUUAACCGUUCAAGGAGCUUUGUUGGAAAAUGCUAAUACACGUCUACGUCAUCCGUGGAAAUACUUGGACAAGGAGAAUUAUCAGCGUGUUGGCGUGAGAGUUAGACUACGGCGCGAACUCGCCAAAAAGACUAGCAACGUUCGCCAUGCCAUUCGAGACUGUCUGAAUCCUAAGCCAGAUGAAUAUGCAAAUGGUUUAUCUUCAAGAUCGCGCCGAGAGAAGAUUUGCUUUUGUUGCCUUACAGGGUGGCAGCAACUGGAAGACGAUGGCCCUGCACCAGAACCACAACUAGUGGCCUCUCCUCAACGCCACGAGGCGUAUCUAGAGGCAUUCAAAACGUAUUGCAAACCAUUUGGAUUAGCAAAUCCGACUUCAAUUGACAUGUUUCAACAUCCUGUCCGUACAUGUUUUUCUGAACCUCGUCUGCGCAUAUUGCACGAUAAUCUUGCGGCGUCUAUUCAGCGUCGAGACGAGGUGCAAACAUAUGCUUUGGCGCGACUCCGGAGUAGAUUUCCUCUCUGUUGUUGGGCAAAAAUAAGAAAAGGUCAGUUAACUAACAUGAUUGACCGGUACGUUCAAGACACACAUGACUUUGUGGUCUUAGCCUGGCUGUGUCGAGGUGAUAUAGGGGCUUCGGAGCUCCACGAUGAAAAACAUAUGGGGAGUAUCUUCCGCCUUGUGUGUGCAAAGCCUCAUAGUUUUGGAUAUCGUUUUAUUCGAAAUGAUCAACUUAGUAUCCAGCAGCGAGUGGCACGUUUCCUGCUUCUAUUAGAACAUGGUGCUCGGAUAGAGACAGUGCUCAACCCAGGUGGCGAAACUGUGUUUCUCCGGUUUCUUCGCCUGUCAGCUGAGUUCUCCAAAAAUGGAUACGGAGAUCUCUCUGUUAAGGAUAUUUGCAUUAGUUUUAAGAGACUUGUAAAGAGCAAACACAUCAUGCCCAGUACGAGAUUCUACGUGACGGGAGAACUCCCAGAGCUGGCAGAAGACACGACAGGGUGUACGAAUACCGCUCUGCAUGACGCUGUUCUCGCCGAAAAUUACUCGGCUGUUGAAAGCCUUAUUCGGUCUGGUUUCUUCAUCAAUGCACGGAAUCGCGAAAAUCGCCCGGCUCUUUAUGUUGCGCUUCACAAGCAACAACAACAAUUGCAGCCAUCAUUGUCCACCAUAUCAAAAAUUCAAAAGGUCCAACGGAGAAUCGACAACAACUCACUUUAUCGCAUUAUUGCACUCCUUCAACAAAACACAGCGAGCAGCAUUGAUAUCAAUCUAUUGCCCUUGAAGAGUUCUGGAAUCCCGCUCGGUUGGGAGAAACAGGAGCUCAACAGCUUGGGACGGAGCGAGGAACCCCAAGGCCCCGUUCCAUCAUUUUUUUACGACGUUCUUUCUGCCUCAUCCACUUUCAAACAACCUAGAUUCUCACUGUACGAAGAUAGACGUCUGGCUCUUGGAGCGCGGAGAUUUUCGGCCAGCGGCCAGUCAUAUUACCUGGACUUGCUCCGUUUCAUCUCACCGAGCUCGGGAGAGGAAGACACACAGGAUGUUCUAGCAAAUAUUGAUGUCUUUGAUGAUAAAUGGUUCGAGAACGAACCCUGGACACUGGUCCCUCCAGGGUCAGCUGACGGCCAAAUACCUCCACCACCGUUGACUACGCAAGAUUUAGCUGCUGUCAGGGCCCGGAGACAAAACUCAAGAUCGAUAUCAAUGGGCCGCGGAAUUUUGGGGUUGAGCUACAAGUGGUCAGGGGGUUAG